UCGCACUGCUGGCAGCCAAUAGAAACGGGGAAGAGCUGUUUAUAAUCAUCUCUCAGGUACUGCAGUUUGGGCUGAUUGUUCAAGUUGGCAUUCAGGGAAGCUCCUCCUGGCUGGCUAGGGGUGCCGACUACUGUUAGUCCAAAGGAUUCUUCGUAUGCCAAGUCACUCGGCUGAUAUUUUGAUCUGAAGGUCUGGGUGACUUCGUCUGGUUGGAUCUGUGCGGCUUUACACCUGGGGCUUAUGCCAUCACUGCACGGGGGCUGGUUACCCUUUAGCUGGGCGCAAAUUCAGAUUUCCGGUGACUAACCUUGAUGAUCCAGCCGGUGCAUUCCAUUAGCUGUCCCUUUGUCAGGGACUCGCCUCUGUCAUUUCAAUUCCAGUCCUUCACCUGGGCAGCCUUACAGUCCUUUCGGUGAUGAGCUACAAGACUGGAAUAAUUUACUAUGUUUGGUCCAUUUGUACGUGUUUUACAUUCGGUGACUUUACUCUUCCUCUGUUAUUGGAAACCGAUCAAUGGGCUAGGAUGGUUGAAAGGUACCAGCGACGUGUUGAAAGAGGCACAUUGGAACAAUACCCGAGCCCUUAGCACUACCAGCAAAAGCACUCCACUCUCCCUAUUGCCGAGAUACCUAGGUAACAGUUCCUUAUACCAUGGAAGGAAACAAGUUGGUUCUGCCUCUGUAAGGAGUUACUUGAUCGGAUAUGGUCAGCAGGCUGAGAAAGCUUUAAAUGCCUCUGGUUCUGAUAUGAGGGACGACCUUUUACCAAGGGACAGCCUAUGUAUAUACAAAGUAGUCGGGCAAGGUGGCAGCGCCCGGGUCUGUUUCAGGACCUUGGAAAGCAGCUUUCAUUGCAAUCCCAGACAAUGCCGAGUGUUCAAGUCCGGGAAGUCUUUGGUGGCCAAUGUGCUGAGGAACAGCAGCGUGCUUUUACAGUGGCAGCCAUGGGACAUGCAGAAGGUGGUCAGUGGCUUUGUCAUGAACUGUUCGUGGAAUGGCACCUAUGUCCGUUUCCAGUGCGACAGGGUCUUGUUGGGCUCCAGUUGCAGAGAUUAUCUAGUGACUGAUCUUCACGACAAUGUAAAGUAUCGUAUCUGUUUGCAGACCCUUUAUUUGAACUGGAGCGCUUCCUCUGCCACAGCCAGCGAUGACUGUGUCGAAUUUAUGGUGGAGCCAGCAGGCAUGCAGGACAUUGUAAUUGCUAUGACAGCCGUGGGUGGCUCAAUUUGUGUUAUGCUGGUCAUUAUAUGCUUGCUUGUAGCUUACAUCACAGAAAAUUUGAUGCACCCGACUUUUGUCCGGUCAUCUUCCAGAAGAAGACAUCAAGAUCGUUGAGUGGUUUAAUCUGAUUGAUAAUUUACUCUUUCAGUAUGUGUAGAAAUAGGCUAUUAGAUACAAUUCACACACCCACGUCAAAGUCUUGUCAGUAUUCAGUAAGAAGGCAAUGACGAGAAUGUCUUGUAAUCAGAAAAGGGAAGUGUCCUUUGAAUUUUAUUUGCAAUCACGUUUCUAUUGUAAAGGUGAAAAGCUAAAAAUCAGGCAGAAAUGCUGCUUGUAAAUAAAUGAAAGCAAAUACAUGAAAAUCUGGCUUGGAAACUGUGUUUCCAAUAUAUAGUUAGGUUUAGUACAGCUGGUGCCAGCGUAAGGUCAGAUUGCAAGCCUCCUCAGGAAAUUAUGUUAAAUGGCAGAGAUUCAUAACCACUGUGUAGUAAUUAAGCUAUAACUGUAGACCUCACAACGACAUGCUUACUGUGUGUGUGUGUGUGUGUGUGUGUGUGUGUGUGUGUGUGU